GCAAACCUAGUCUGAGACGGUUUUUCGAGAUUAAGAUAGAGCACAUCCCAUCAUUUGAAAUUAUUGACGAAAUUAUAGAAGUUUGAAAAGUGUGUUGUGGAAACACUGGUGGAAACACUGGGAAAAUUCUCAGAAUGGAGCGAACGAACACACUGCCAUUUCUUAUAAUUUACCUUAUUCUUUUAUGCCUAUUUUUGGUCAAGCAAGCGCAAUGUGGACAUAUAGUUGGCUUUGCAUCGAUGAACUAUGUAAGUCAUCACAGAAUGUUGUGGAAACUUGGCAAAGAGCUCCAAACAAGGGGGCACAAAUAUACACACAUUUUACCAAAUUUUGCAAAGGAAACCUACGAUGACGUUGACGUGAAGAUGUUCAAUUCAUCGGUGACCAGCAAGGAAAUUCUGGAUUGGUAUCUGAAUUUAUCAACCUUUGGCGACGUAGGCAAAGACAUCUUCGCAUUAAUCGAAGCACUGACUACAGUAGUUCCAGAACGCUGGCGGUUCUAUCGGCAAUUCUGUGAGGAUCUUUUGAAACACGAACGCUUGAUAGUGGAUCUCAAAUCAUCCGUUGAUUUAGUGCUGUGUGAUGUGGCAAAUGAAUGUUGCUAUAUUCUGGCUGAUAUGUUGAAUGUAAGCCGCGUUGACGUCUCUACCGUAGGAUUUGCAAGUACACAUGGUGUAUACUUGUUCGAUUAUCCUCAAGCAUCCAUAUAUAUCACCCUAGAAGCUUCACUAUUAUUGCCAAGGGCAAGCAAACUUUUAUUCAUAAACCGUUUGAAAGGUUUUUUGACUUGUACAGGCUUUUGGAGCUUUUUUGCCAGUUCUAAACUGGAAGAUCUCUGGGAAAAGCACGGAAAAGCGAACUCGAAUUUUACGCGCGCGGGAGACGCACGCAGAGUGCACGGUAUUGCACUCAUCCCACAUGACUUUGCACUUGAACAGUCUCGCCCUCUUGGUGCGAAUAUCAAAGUCAUCGGUGCACUUUCACCAGAACCUGCUCGCAGACUUCCCGAGUAUUUGGAUAGGUUUAUGAAUGAAAAUAAGGUCGUUGUAAUAGUUUCAUUUGGCACAAUUUUUUCACACUAUCCAUCAAGCCUUGCUCAAACUAUCGCUGAUGAAUUGAGCCAGGUUCAUGCUGCUGUUUUAUGGAAAUACUCUGGUGUAAUGCCAAAAAAUAUUGGUAAAAAUAUCAAGAUAAUUCAAUGGUUUCCAAAAAACGAGUUUUCGUUUAACGACUUAUUAGGCCAUUCAUCCACCAAGGUUUUUGUCACCCAUGGUGGGUUGAAUGGCUAUCAGGAAAGUGUGUACCAUGGGGUGCCAAUGGUUGUCAUACCAAUGAUGGGUGACCAAUACCGACAGGCAAAUUUGGUACAACAUAAAGAGCUUGGUGUUGCUAUCAAAUGGAAGUCUUUAAUUGCCAAUAGAAAUAUAUUGCAAGAUGCUAUUAGCAAGGUGCUAAAUAACAAAGUUUAUGGGGAGAAUACUAAACGACUUUCAACAAUAAUGAAAGACAGAAAGCAAAGCCCAUGCCAGGAAGGUGCAGAUUGGAUCGAAUAUGCUUUGCGUCAUGAUGGAGCCUCUUAUCUCACAAGCGAAGCAAUUGAUUUACCACAGUAUAAAUUGCACAUGUUUGAUGUCUUUAUCUUCCUUAUUCUUGUAGUAUGUCUCAUAGUUUAUUUAUUACUACGUUUGUGUUACUGUUUAUUGGGUGCUUGUGGCAGCAGGAUGCAGGUUAAAGAGAAGCAGACCUAAUAACCCUGGCAAAUAAU